GUCCCAGUCAACUGUACAUGGGAGUGGAUUCAUUCCUGAUAUUGUUUGAACCGAGGAUAUCACUUACUUUCAUUCUGAUUGAAUCACUUCCUCACUUCCUUUAGUGAGCUUUACUUUCUCUUUUCAAUGGAAAAGAGGAGGCCAAUGAGGUAGAGAUGUACUUUAUACCAUUAGCAGAGUUAGCCUCCCGUUCCUGCAAUACAACAACAAUACAUUUGUAGUACAGCAUAUGCAGUAUGUUGUAUAUUUUUUUUAAUCGUUUUUUUACACUGGCCUUACUUUGGAAUACCGAGCAAGGAUUAAGCAAAUUGGCCAACGUGCUGAAUGGCCUAAAAUAGCCUGGGAUGCUGCUGAGAGGCUUUAGCUUUAGCUUGGACAAUGACAGAACAAACGGGGGGCUCUUUCUGAAUCGGCUGCAAUGUGAGAAAUAAGUCCCUCAACAUGAGCAACACACCCACUCAGGAGAAGACCCUCCAGGGGAUUCCCUCAGCCAGCGUGCACACGUUACCCCAAUCAGUUCAGCCCACGUCGGACCCCUCAGUGCCUAAACGGUUGUGUUUCUACAAAAGCGGUGAUCAUACAUUCAGUGGGCAUCGCAUGGUCAUCAACACCCGCACCUUCAAAACCUUUGACGCUCUCCUGGACGCCCUUUCCAAAAAAGUGCCUCUGCCCUUCGGAGUUCGUACCAUCACUACACCUCGAGGGACGCACCUUGUGAAAGGAUUGGAUGACUUCCAGGACGGGGGGUCCUAUCUGUGUUCUGACCGGAGGCGGGUCAAGCCGCUCAACCUGAAGGAAGUGAAUCGACGGCAGGUACCCUGGAACACCCCGAGAGCCUUCAGCGGUGGUCGACCGCGGCGGCAGCAGCGGCUUCAAUUUGGCUUCUUCGGAAGAGGGGAUGAAACCAACAACAGGCCAGCAAGAACGACGGAGCGGGUGGCUGUAAGAACGCCGAAGAGGCUGGUGGUCAUCAAGAACAAGGAUCCCACAAUUAGACGUACGAUUGUUCUGCAGAAACGAACGGCGCCGACUUUCGACGCUUUGCUGGACUACCUCUCCCAGAUUUUGCAGUUUCCGGUGCUGAAAUUAUACUCUGUCGACGGCAGACGAAUUAGAGGUCUAGCGGCGCUAAUCUUGUGCUCUGGAUUCAUUGUGGCGGCAGGAAAUGAGUCAUUCAGACUAGGAAACCACAGCUUUCAUAGAACAAGCCAAAUGGUUCAGGCCAUGUUUAUGGAAGCAACAUCUACGCUACAGCCUCAAACUUACAACAACAAAUCACUCUCCACCGAACGAGGCUCCAGGAACUUCUCCUUAUCAUCUGAGAAAUACAUCAUCAACCAGAUAAACAGAUCUCGAAAUGGAAGCGAUAACAGCCAUGAGCAUCACCGCACCGCCUCCCCCCAAUUCAGCACUACAUGCUUGGAGGCUAAUGAGCACCACGCCUGCAUCUUACCUCAUGACGAUGACAUCGAGAAAUCCUUCCGAGUGAAUCAAGACGGCAGUAUGACGGUGGAGAUGAAAGUGCGGCUCACCAUCAAGGAGGAGGAGAUGCUGCACUGGACGACUACAGUCAGCCGUUCCAGCUUUAGGAGAAGGACAGUUCAUGCUUCAGUGACCGAGUCAGGCAACAUAUCACCUGACUUAAACAUCUACGUUGCCAAAGAGCCCUCAAACGUACACGAAGAUGACGGCAAAGAGGAAAAUCAGCCUUCCACAAACGGAGGAGUCGUCUGUUUUAAUGACUCAGAGAAAUCAAGAACUUCAAGAACAUUUUUUCGACGGACUCCUACUCCAGGUCCUUGUACUGUGAAGAAGCAGGCGUCUGUUGACAGUGUGAAGAUGCUAACCGAGUCUAACGUCCAAGAGAGGACCCUUGGCCAUUAUUCUUAUACGGAGACGACAACUGGAGAGCACAAAACUGAAGAAUACUGCAAGGUAAGACACAGCGUCAACAGCACCCAACCUGUCCCAAAGCCUCGAAAAACUAGGGACAACAUCUCUUCCGUUAAAUGUACAGAAGUCGCCGAGGUACUCAAGAUCGAAAAUAACGGGAUAGAAGUUAAAGAGACUGUGAUGCACGUUUACGAAAGUCAAGGUUGCUAUAAUAAUUACCUUGUAAAUGACACGUGUGAUUCAGAACCCGAUGAACCUUUGCACGGUUCCUCGGCGGUGCCACCAAGCAACCUGUCUACUGCCUCGGGGCCUCCGUCCAGCAAUGACAUUGACUUUAGCUGGCAGCGACCUACCGCCGACUCCCUGCAAAGACAGACCGAAGAAAUGCUGUCGUUGUCAUCAGAACCACUGGCAAAAAGUCUUUCUUCGGUGUCUAAGAAUGAAACCAAAACCGAAAAGAUCCCAACGACUCAGCUACAGAAAAACACAGACACAAAAAAGUCCUCGCAGUCAAGUUUAUCUGGGAAAAAGCAUAACACUGGUCCAAAUACCACACAAGGAAAACUCUCAAAGAAAGGUAAAAAAGAGGAAAACGGUGGGAAAAAGAGUUCGUCGGAAAGUGCUAAAAGUGGCUUAAACAGGAAAGUAGACUUCGCUAAUAAACAUGAAAAGGAAUCAGACUCUUUAGUUAGAACCUCAACAAAGGACAAUGGCCACAAUGUCAAUACCCCGUCUGUAAGACCUGUGAUGAAGAAGAACGUCUCGGAUCUUUUAAAGCUCCAAAAAUCUCUGAGUUCCAAAAAAAAAACCAAAUCCACGAAUGGAAACAGGAUAUCAUUUUCAGAUUUAAACCAAAGGGUUUCCAAGGUUCCUCCCAACCCAACUCCAUCAGAAAUCCACAAAUAUGUUGAGAACUGGUUAGAGGAGGUAACUCCAGACCCAGUGACCUACAUCGAAACGGUAUCAACACAGGACACAGAACAACAGACAACGGUUUUAUUUCAGCUCGGUUGUGAUUCGGAAACGGAGGAAAAGAAUGAAACCCAAACCGAUCCCGAAGACUACUGUCUGUCGCAUUGUGAUGACAUCACAAAGUUGUCGUCUUGUCUAUCGGUUCCUAAUUACCGCGACGGACCAACAAUUGAACCGAAACUGCUCGGUGAUUCAGUACUAAGUGCCACAGUUGAACCUGUCCACCAGGAACGGAACAACACCGGAUCAAAUCAGUCAGCUCGGUCGACUGAUCCAGCUGACAACGACGAUCCGGCUUCCCGACGGGAAGAGGAAAAGAUAAAAACAGUUUUGCAGGAACUUUGUUCGACUAACAAAUCAAUCAGUCCUCUUGAGUUGUCGUCCAACGUGGCUUUAUUGUUUGGUUCUUCAUGCAAAGCCUUUUUAUCGUUUUUAUCAGUGACAGCUCUGAGAGACAAUCUACACGACGAUGACGCCACUGAGGUCAUGCUAAUUGUAAAAUCCCUGCAGGAAAUCUCUGUCAUCGAGGACCAGAACGAACAACUUGCAAGACUGACUGAUUUGCACAGUGGAGCAUCUCCGCAGUUAAUGAAAUGUUGGACAGAUUUCCAAACGUGGAGGGAAAAGAUGGAGUCUGAAUCUCUUGUCGCCAAAUUUCCAGAAGCACCACAUGCAGUUGGAGAUAGAAUCGAUGUUUUGGGAGUCAAUGAGCUAAUGAAGGAGAUGAAUAUGCCGUACAACCUCAGAGCAGAGAUUUCCUCAGGGAUUCUUCAGGGAAUUAUUUUACCUCUUGAACAGCAGCGUACUGAAUUAAACCACUCAGGUGCGGAGAAGUUUUUGCAGGACUGUCAACCUGAAUCCAAGCAGUGGUUUGAUAAAGCUUGCAAUGACGGGGACGCUGGGGAGAUGGCACCUCAUCUUGGUCCUCAGUCUGAGGACCAAAUAGUUAAGGAAGGUCACAACUCAGAAGAAUCAGAAGUCUUGCGGGUAGAAACAGAUGAGUUCUCAGUCGACGAGAAAAAUGCGGUAGCGACAAAUCGAGACGAAGUCUACAUGGAGCAGGGUGAGAAGGUGAUGGUUGAAGACAAGAAAGCUCACAAUGGAGGGGAGCCUAAACUGAAAGAAACUGAAGAGGACACAGAAGAGGAAGCAGUGAGAGAAGAUGAGAACGGACAAAACGAAAGUGAAGCAGACACAGAUCAGGAAGAAGAAUCAGGUGAUCCAGAGGAUGGAACAACAGAUGAGGAAGCAGGAGAACGCCGUGUUGAGACAGACGAGAGUCGUGGUGAACUGGAGAACGAGGGGCAAGAUAUGGUGGCAGAAGAUGAGGACAAUAGAGUGGAAAAAAACGAUGAAGGCAUCGUGAUGGUCGAAGAUGUCAACGACAAGAUGGAGCGUGAAGAAAACAUGGAAGACUCGGAAGACACCGACGUCAUUCGGGAGGACACCAACAAGAUGCGGACUUGUGGACCUUUAACGGGCGACAAAGACGAAGGAGGAAAGCCUACAGAACUGGAGAGAACAAACAAUGAUGAUGGAGCUAAUGAUUUCUACGAUGGACGUUGUGAAGAACCUAACAAAGAACAAGAAGUCUAUGAUAAAACAAUAUGUAAAAGUCCACAGACGAAAUCCAGUGAAGAAGACCGACCUGAAAGCAUGGAAAUCGAACACAGCAAGGAAUCACCUCUGAAAUAUUUAUCUGAAGAACAUCAUGAGGAGGACACAACCACUGAAAAUGAAGCAGGACCGCAAAACCAGCGAAGAAGCAACAGCUUGAGUCACCCGGUGGAAAUAUCUCAAGAACUUCUGGACUUUGUAAACUCUGCACUACAGUCUUCCUCGCUCAUAUUUACGUACGACGAUCGCGGAAACAUUCGAAUCGAGUCAGAUCGUGUUCAAAUCCCAGAAACAAAGCAAAGUCAAGUUCUCCAGAACCAAAGUGAUUGUACCUACGGUUCAAAACGCCUUCCGAGUCCAAUGACGUCUGAUUUGUCUGACUACAGACCAGAAAGUUUGGAAAGUGGUGGAUACCAAAGUCAGGACUCUGUAGAUAUCAUUUCGGAGAACAGUGAGGAAGAGAAUCCGAAGCAAAACCUGAAACUAUCUGGUCCAAAAAAAAAAUGGAGUUUAUCUUCUAGUGACUCCCUCACCAAAGCCUCAAUGGAGGUUCUUUCUUAUUGCAGCAAAGCAAGCUCAUUAAAGGCUGAUAAAGGUCUGGAGACUGAGGAAAAACCGAACCGGCACCCCGAUGACGGGGUUUUGAUCGACCGAGGUCGAUGGCUACUCAAGGAAAACCACCUCAUAAGGAAUUCUCCUCCGGUUUCUGAGGGUAUGUAUGCGGAUUUGGGCAGCAGUUCGAGUCACGACUCCUCAAAUGAAGACUCUUUGACUCACCUUGUAAACCAGCACAGUCCCUUCACGGCGAUAUCUUCAUCAGAACUGGAGGAACUGGCCAAACCUCAACCUCCGAAGUGCAGCUACUUCACAAUGCCCCACGGAAGUGAUUCAGACCCUUUCUCGGAGGACGCCACGAACAAAGACGGCGGCAGCACGAAAGGGAAAAACUUCAGGGUUUCGCCGACUGUCGACACCUCCAAAACGUGGGCAAAUAGAAACGGCAGCGUUUCUUCGUUUGCGUCGGUGGAGUUUCGAGUACCAGGUCGAAAAGUGCACCCCGAGGUUGGGGCGUCCGCCUCUUCCUCAACUGGGGCUGAAGCAAGAGUGACAUCUGGUGGUAGGGGGGCAGUGCUGCAGUCACAAGACUCCUCGGAUGCAAUGCAUUUGAGAUGCGGACAGUACUGUCCAAUUCUAUGAUUAAAAUUAGUCUUACUUGUGAUUAAUUCGGGUUUAAUAACACAUUUGAAAGAAUUUGUUGAUAUUUUUUGACACAUUCUGCCAAAAAUUGUCACAGUUAUUCCAUUGUACUGCCUUGUUUUGUUUUUUUUUUAACAGUGAUGCUUAAAUGUUUGUUUGAUACACAACUUUUACCCAUUUUAAAUUAUAUUUUAUUAUGAAAAAUGAUAAACUAAGGAGUGAUUAAUUCUGUAUGAAUAUGUCAAUGAGUCAUUCAUUCAUUUUCUACUGCUUUUCCUCACAAGAGUUGCAGGGGUGCUGGAGCCUAUCCCAGCUGUCUUCGGGCAAGAGGCGGGGUACACCCUGGACUGGUGGCCAGCCAAUCACAGGGCACAUAUAGACAAACAACCAUUCACACUCACAUUCAUACCUAUGGACAAUUUGGAGUCGCUAAUUAACCUAGCAUGUUUUUGGAAUGUGGGAGGAAACCGGAGUACCCGGAGAAAACCCACGCAUGCACGGGGAGAACAUACAAACUCCACACAGAGAUGGCCGAGGGUGGAAUUGAACCCUGGUCUCCUAGCUGUGAGGUCUGCGUGCUAACCACUUGACAACCGCGCAGCCCCCAAACAACAAUAUUAGAUAUAAUACCGCAUGCACGGGGAGAACAUGCAAACUCCACACAAAGAUGUUGGAAUCCAGAGGGUGGAAUUGAACUCUGGUCUCCUAGAUGUGAGGUCUGCGCGCUAACCACUCCUUCGCCGUGCAGCCCGAGCUCUUACUGUAUAUUUAUUUAUUUCCCAUUUUCAUUUUCAUUGAAUAAUGAUGCAAUUCAAGCUUAUGCCAGAGUACUUCAAUCUAAUUGGGGUAUUUUAGCCUUGGGGGAGGUCUUGGGGGAGGGAACUCAAAUGCACAUUAAAGCUAUCGGAUGUCACUCCUACGCGCUAACCACUCAACCGCCGUGUCGCCGUCAAUGAGUCAAUAAAACAUUUUUCUUAUUUAUAUUUAAAUAUAAAACAUUUAUAUUUAUUCUUAUAAGAACACUGUCUCGGGUUCAAUUCCACCUUCGGCCAUCUCUUUGUGGAGUUUGCAUGUUCUC